AUGUCUUUCCAAUAUCCAUUGAGAAACUCCUCAGUGGGAGCUUCCUUAUCAUCUGCACCCCCAGAAAAAAUAUCAGAAGAUCCAUCGACAAAUAAAACUCCUCAGAGUACUGUCACGUGCGCCUACCAUGCUUAUGUUGCAGGUUAUUGGCGUACUAUCACAGUUUUUUGGUGCAAGAACCUUAUGAAUCACACCCUCAACCUCGUUAUCAAUAAUCUUGAAGGUGAAGUUUGUUACAGUUGCAAGAUUGACCUUAAGCCUUGGCUUUUUUGGAGCAAAAAAGGGGGUAAGUCUUUUGAGCUUGAAGGGUGCCAAGUAGAUAUACAUUGGGAUUUCCGAUCAGCUAAAUUUUCCGGGAGUCCUGAGCCGGCUAGCGAUUAUUAUGUUGCUAUAGUUUCAGAUGAAGAGGUUGUUUUAUUGUUGGGAGAUUACAAGAAAAAGGCUUAUAAGAGAACGAAAGCAAGACCGGCUCUUGUUGAGGCUAUCCUAUAUUUGAAGAAGGAAAAUGUAUUUCACAGGAAAACCUUCUCAACCAGAGCUAAAUUCGACGAAAGGAAAAAUGAGCAUGAUAUUAUUGUAGAGAGUUCAACAGGAGGAUCAAGAGACCCUGAGAUGUGGAUUAGCAUAGAUGGAAUCGUUGUGAUUCAUGUUAUGAAUCUACAGUGGAAAUUCAGAGGGAACCAAACUGUGAUGUUGAGCAGGCAACCAGUGCAAGUGUUCUGGGAUGUCCAUGAUUGGCUGUUUAGUACCCCUGGCACUGGCCAUGGCUUGUUCAUAUUCAAACCAGGGGUUCCAGAACCAAAAGAUGACAAGGAUGGCAGCAGUUAUGGUGGGCUGAGUGAUACUAGUGAUGGGAGUAUGUAUUUUUCUACCAGGAGUAUCUCAGCAACAGCAGAAUUCUGCCUUUUCCUUUAUGCCUGGAAGAUUGAGUAA